AGUGUGUGCCACGUUUUGGAGGGUUUUAGGGUCGAUCUUCUCUUCACCCUGACGUCUGAACCAUGAACUGGGCCUUCCUGGAGGGCCUCCUCAGCGGGGUGAACAAGUACUCCACGGCGUUCGGUCGCAUCUGGCUCGCCAUCGUUUUCAUCUUCAGACUCUUGGUGUUUCUCGUGGCCUGCGAGAAGGUCUGGGGAGACGAGCAGAAGGACUUCGAUUGCAACACCCGCCAGCCCGGUUGUCACAAUGUCUGCUACGACCACUACUUCCCCAUCUCCUACACCCGACUCUGGGCUCUGCAGCUGAUCUUUGUCACCUGUCCGUCCCUUCUCGUGACUCUCCACGUGUCCUACAGAAAAGACAGAGAGCGCAAGCACCGGCUGAAGCACGGGGAAGACUGUGCGCCUCUGUACGACGACACCGGGAAGAAACGAGGAGGUCUCUGGUGGACGUACUUCUUCAGCCUGCUCUUCAAGAUGACAGUGGAUGCUGUUUUUGUCUUCUUGCUGUUCUACAUCUAUGAAGCCACCUUCUUCCCUCCACUGGUGAAGUGCAGUCAAGACCCAUGUCCUAAUGUGGUGGACUGCUACAUUGCCAGGCCCACAGAGAAGAAGCUAUUCACCAUCUUCAUGGUGGUGACCAGCUUCGUGUGCAUAUUCCUCACUUUUUGCGAGGUCCUCUACUUGUGUGGGAAGAGGUUCGCGGAGUGCUGUCGAGGAGGAUCUCAGCCCAUGAGAGGAAACUCUUUCAUGAUGACCAGAACUCCUCUCACUGAGAAGCCAAAGGUGGCGUACAACGGGCCCGCCCUGGAGAAGUCCAAGAUGGUCGACAGCGGCAACGGAGAAGCUUCAGCGCCGGCGUACAGCAUCGCAGUCUCCUGAGAGACACAAAGAGCUCGAGUUAUGAGAGUAAAAUACAAAUCUAAGUUGAAUUAUCUGCGUUUUUAGGAAAUGUUGUUUACGAAGGUCAUGUAAUUUUAAAAGUAUUUUUACAUGAAAAUUAGCACCUUUUUGUCCUUUAAUAUUGUUGAGCUGAGUGUUUAUGUAGAG